CAGGUUCAUGUGGUACUCCCCUACCCGGUAGUGUCGACUACUACAGGUUCAUGCGGUUGGUUAAUGAUAAGCAGCACAAGGAGAACAUAAAACACACUGUAAUUAAAAUGUUAUCAUUUAGCUUAUGAAAUCUGCAGUUUCGACGAAGAAAAAUACAACGGGCUGGAUGAGUGUGGCAACCUUCCCCUCUUCCUCUUCGGAAGAGGCAGAGAUGAAUCGGAUCCACUAUGAGCUGCAGUACACCGAGGGUAUCAGCCAACGCAUGCGCAUCCCCGACACACUCAAAGUGGCCCCCGAAAACCAACAUGGGCUGCUGUCUCAGCCCCUGGCCCCCCACAUGAUGCAUGUACCAGAGAGGAUCGUGAUAGCAGGGGACGAUGGGGACGCCCGUUACUCCCGGCCCAGAGACCUAGACCUGAUCCAGUCCAUUCCUCCUGUGGAUUUACUGGACAUGAAGACGCCGCCACGCGUCCUCACCCUCAACGAACAUUCCCUGGACUCCCUGGAGACGGACCAGGCUCCCACACCACAGGCCCACGCCAACCAGGGGGUCCACUCUCGGUUGCUGAGGGAGCGCACAGUGAGCGAUAACACCAGCAUCCGCCAGAGCGGCCCGGCCAACAGAACACACGUAAGUGUAACCCUGUCCCCCGUCGCCCCCCCUCUCCGUGCCUGUCCCCCACUGUGUACCCCUGAGGACGUGGUGAACCUACAGUACAGUGCUGGAGGGUUGUUGUCCUAUAUCCAAUGCACCACGCGCCGGGCCUACCAGCAGGUCCUGGAGGUCCUGGAGGUAGACAUCCACCGCAGGGCUGGUCACUUGACCCUCGACAUGGACAUGACCCCUGACGAUUCAGGCUUAGUGGACGCCUCAUCACUACGGCGACAGAUUGUGAAACUGAACCGACGUCUCCAGCUACUGGAGGAGGAGAACAAGGAGCGCUCCAAGCGAGAGGUGAUUCUCUACUCCGCCACCGUGGCGUUCUGGCUCAUCAAUACCUGGAUCUGGUUCCGGCGUUAGAACCGCGGAACCCAAUGACCAGGUCCUACACUGUCAUUUUAACCAGAAAUAUCUCAAUUCUAUCUACAGAUUGUAACACCAGAUAAUGUGAUUUAAUUAAAACAAUGUUUUUAUGUAAUAUACUGGGAGUUACCGGUUAGGUACUGUUUUGGUGUAGCAGAGAACAUUUCAGACCAACCUUAGUUUGGCGAUACUGUCCUCAUUCUCUAUUUGUAGAAACAGGAGUCUCAUAAAAUGUCCAGGGUGCAAGGGGAUCCAUGACAUUUUGUUUUGUUUUAAAUGCUCUGUUAUUAAAAUAAAUACUUUUUAUGAUCCGUGAAGUAACAACGUGUACACCGCCAUCUUGUAUAUUUCAAGUCUUCUCACAUUGUUCGAGACAGGUGUCUGUCAUCACUUUGGGGUGGACCCACCUGUCUGGUGCAAAACUCAAUUGUGGAAGGGGAGGGUGAUGGUAUCUAUGACAACUCAGACUGCCUAAUCUGUUGGUUAAAAAUAUGUCUUGGCUGUCCCCAUCAAUCCAGAUUGCCUGAAUCAGUGAGGCUGAUGAAAUGACGAGGAUACAGGCAAAGGAAACCAGUGUUGAGAUUUCCCCAAAUGUAAGCAUUUAGUUUGCACGUCCUGUGUGAAGGGAUUCAUACCAUUGCUCCAUUUUAUGGUGUGGGUUGACUAUUUAUUUCUCUCCUACCUCGAUGUUGGCAGGAAGCGAAGCGUCGGUCUAAAUGUCUAUUCAUUCUCAUCCAAUGAGGUCCUUAGCACUGUAUGAUGUAAUUGCCCAGUGUGGGAAAAAAAUCAUUUGAACUCAUAUUUUAUGGGAUUAAAGAUGUAUCUUGAGGAAUAUAUGAGCUAAGAAACAUUGCGACAAAUGUGAGUAUGUUCUGUAUUAAUCAGGCGCUGUUUUUGCUGCACAAAACUGGCAUCUUUAGAUGAAAAACGUUUUAUUUUAUUUUGUUUUCUUUAGUUGGAACAUUUAUUUAUGUAUUUUUAUGUAUGUAUUUAUUUUCUUUAGUUGAACAUGUAUUUGUGCAUUUAUUUAUCUAUUUUCUUGUAAUAUCAAUGGAUUGUAUAAGUACUAUACUGUAAUAAAUGAUGUGUGGUUGAAAAGGAUGAUCUUUUGUUCUCUACCCUCUGCUCCCUUUAUUGGUAGAUUAGUGCAAAAUAAAACAUUUAAAAAGAUUUCACACACAA